AUGAACCACAAUCGACCAGUACGGCCUUCUUCAGGCAACGAUUCUACCAUGUACGACGAGCCGCGCACAGAAGACUAUUACCGUGGCGCUUCAUCCUCCCAAGGCUACCAUAAUUCGAGGCAGGAUCACCACCACGGGCACCAGCAGGCGAGAGGCAAGCGUAUGGAGAGCGACAGAGCCAUUAUGAUCGGAAGCGCUCGCGAUCCCCGCGAAGAGAAGGCAGAGGUCGCUAUACCGAUCGAGAUAGAGAAGACUAUCAGUCACCAACGCGGGACCGAAGUCGCAGCCGUUCCCCAUACUUUGGUGGUCCUCCAAAUCGCAAUGUUAUACUCGAGGGAAUACCUGUUGAAUGGACACAGGAAGACGUUGGCCGCCCCAUUUCCCCUUCUUACGGAUCUUCCACCAUCCCAACCUGCUUCUACCCUAUGUCAAGAGUUGGCCAUUGUGGCCGGUCUCUCGGAUUUACAGAUUCUCCAAGAACUUCAGCAUGGUCUUCGACUCGAGGGCUUGGAAGAGAUCAGAUUGAUCAAGGAUAAACGCACUGGACAAUCCCGCGGGUUUGCUUUUGCACAAUUUAUCGGCAUCAGCGAAGCCAGACGAUUCCUCGAUCGAUUCUAUCCUACCGUCCAACUUUAUGGGCCUGCCCAUAGUGACUUGGCAGCAACAAAUGAUCCUAGCAAGGUUAGGAUCGCCUAUAGUCGAGAUAGAGAUGAUCGAGAUAAAGCCGGCAAAGGGGAAGACGAUUGGAAGUGUGAAGUUUGCUACCUUCCUAAUUUCUCUCACCGAACAUUGUGUUUCCGAUGUAACGCUCCAAGAACUCGAGCAACUGCACACGGCAUCCUUGUUGCGCAAACUAUGUCGGCAUUUUCUGGCUUCGCUACUACAGGCGACAGUGACGUCUCUCCUGAUGGCACUGCAUCCCAAUUCCUCCUGUUGCGUGGUCUUGAGCCUGGUGUGACGGAAGAACUGCUGGCGAAAGGUGUUGCCAAGCUGUGCAAAACUAAAGCCAGCACUCCUCCAUCUGAUAUUCAAGGUUCCAAAAAGAGGCAGAUUGCAUCGACUACAACCGAUGUUAGUCUUGGUGCUAAAGAUGGCUCUCUACGACGAGUCUUACUAGUUCGCGACAGAAAGACGAACGAUAGCUGGCGGUAUGGCUUCGCGGAGUUUACCACGGUCGAAGACGCACAAGCCGCGAUGGCUAAAUACAAAUCUUCUGACAAGUUUACCAUAUCUUCGAAGCCGGUCAUGUUAUCAUACAUCCAUGCCGGGGUCUUCGUGCCGGUCCUCCAUCCAUUGAGCGAGGAGGAUGCUCAAUUCACCUUCAGUCCGUUGUCAAACACAGCGAUUAAAUUGAUGUAUUGGGAUGAAGCAGCUUACACAAGUGAGCUUGUGGCUGCGUCCGCUGACGCUCCUUCAACCAUCAAGACCAAAGAAUCCGAGCAUGCAAAACUUGCAGCAGCUGCUGCUAAUGAGGGCCUCAUAGGAAGUGGGAAAGACCGAGAACCGCGAUUGAAGAAGAGAAAAGUGGACAAAGAUCCAAAGAUUGUCGCACCCCACCUGCAAUUUUGGACUAAUCGACACGCCGAGCUUCAUGAUGUAGCAAAAAAGGAGUCAGAGAAGGAUAGGCUGGAACCCGACCUUGGCCUCUCUCAUCAGAAAGUGCCUACGACUGCAGACGCGACGCCCAGUCAGACCUUCGCUGACUUAGAUCGCAAAUGCUGUCUCCUCUGUUCAAGACAGUUCAAGACUGAGGCCGAAGUAAAUAAACACGAACGAAUAAGUCAACUUCAUCGCGACAAUAUGAAGAAUGAAGAUCUCGUCUCCAAGGCUUUGGCGAAGCUCAACAAAUCAAAGGGGCCCGCCACUGAAAAUUCUGCUUACCGGGACAGAGCCAAGGAACGUCGGCAGGCUUUUAAUCAACCAAAGCAACCUGCUGCGCAGCACAAUAGGGCCUCAAAGGAUUCGAAUGGCGGGUCAUCACCUAAGAGACAAGAUGAGGAGAACGCGCCACCAACUCAAUCAAAGGGUGCAGCUCUACUGGGGAAGAUGGGCUGGACGGCUGGGGAAGGGCUAGGAGCACAGGGAACAGGGAGGAUUGAUGCAAUUGUCACCGAGUUGUACACCCAAGGGGUCGGUUUGGGAGCUCAGGGCGGAAAGGUGGGAGAUGCAGCAGAAGAAGCUCAUCGUCAGACCAGAGGAAGCUAUGCCGAUUUUGUCAGCAAGGCAAAAGACAAGGCAAAAGAGAGGUUUGAGAGUCUUGCUUAG